CAUGGGCAGCAUCACUGGGAAAAUGCAGGUCCUACUCCUUUGGUUGGUCUUUCUCUUGCCUCCUGAAGCUGGAGCUGGGGAGAUUAUCGGUGGCAUUGAGUCCAAGCCCCACUCACACCCCUACAUGGCCUAUCUGGAAAUCACUAAACAAGAUAAUGUUGGUAACUGUGGUGGGUUUCUCAUAAGUGAAGAAUUUGUGGUGACAGCUGCUCAUUGUCAAGGAAGAAAUAUUACUGUCACUCUUGGAGCUCAUGACAUGAAACAAGAAGAACCCACAUGGCAGAAGCUAGAAGUCAAAAAACAAUUUGUUCAUCCAGAAUACAACGGUGACACCUAUCUCAAUGACAUCAUGUUACUGAAGGUGCCAACAAAAGCUAAGCUGAACCACGCCGUGAGGACAAUACCCCUGCCCACCCGGUCUACCUUUAUUCAACCUGAAAACGUAUGCCAGGCAACUGGCUGGGGGAGAACAGGAGUGAACAAGCCAGCAUCAGAUACUCUGAGAGAGGCAAAGCUGAAACUCAUGAAUGCCAAGACCUGCCGCCACUUUCUCUCCUACAAUAAUAAUUUGCAAAUCUGUGUGGGCGACCCCAGGGAGAAAGGAUUACCAUACAAGGGGGACUCUGGGGGCCCCCUUCUGUGUACUGGGGUGGCCCAAGGUGUUAUGUCAUAUGUACAUAUAAGUACAAGGCCUCCUGCUGUCUUCACUCGAAUCUCCGCAUAUGUGUCCUGGAUUAAUGAAAUCUUGGAGAGCGAGUAGCCACAGACGCCUGGUCAGCCUCAAGGAAAAUCCCAAAGCCAGAGCUCUCCCUGGGUAGCCCCCAGGUUCCACAGGAGCCUGGCCCCAGCCUAAGCCCUGGGAGACUCCCAGAGGCACCCAAAUCCCCUGCUGAUUGUAUCCCCAGCAAAAUUCAAUAAAGAUGCUGCCUCCAGCA